AUGAAUCAAUCAAAUCAAUGUCCUACACACAAAGAAAGUUUUGUGGGCUAUAAUAUUGAAAAUUCUGAUAUUGUCAGACCAAUCUGUUCACGUUGCAUUCCUUCACUCAGUAAAGGAUAUUUUGGAGAAUAACGAUAUCUUAAUUUUGAAUAAGCCACACUAUUACUAGAUUAACUUAAAUCAGCUGGAUUAAAAUAAUACAAAUCAGAAAUACUUGAAUAAUUUGAAUAAACCAUUAAUCAAUUAACUUCAUAGUUGAAAUUCUUAUUAGAUUAAAUUUCUGUUGUUUUUGAUUUAAUUAUUCAAUCAGAUCCACAAUAAGAAUUUUUAGAUUCAAAAGAUCCUAAAUUUAUUGCUCAAGUAUUACAUGAUAAUUGCUAAUAUGAUAUCCACUAAUAAAAAUAUAAAAUAAAAUCAUAAAAUGCUAUUCACAUUAGAUUCAAUAAAAUUAUUUCUAAAUCUUAAAAUCAUAUGAAUGAUUUUUUUGAAAGUAUUAAUUCUUAGAUUAAUUCUCUGAAAAAAGAAGAAAUAGAACUAUCCCAAUCAACGAGUAAUCACAACAAUAAUCACAAAAGUUAUAGAGAACUAUUUAAACUCAAUACAAAAAUACUACAAGUUAAAUCUCUUGUCUAUUAUGAUAAAUUUAAAUGGUUAUUCUCUGCAGAUUAAGAUAUCAAAAUAUUACAAUUUGAUCUUAAAACUAAAUAAUUAAUUCAAGAGUUAUCUGCUCAUUCAGAUAGAAUAUCAACACUUCUUAUUGUGAAUGAUACAUUAAUCUCUACUGCUAUUGAUAAAUCAUUAGUCAUUUGGAAUCUUGAUAAUGCUGGAAAAGUUGAAAUAAAAACUAAAAUUAAUACUAAAUCUAUGAUUCUUUAAUUAAUUAGAUACAAAGAUUAAUUUGCCUCUAUCAAUGAUGAUAAAGUUUUGGCAUUUUGGAAUGAUACAAAGUGUAUAAGUGAAUUAAAGAAUAAAAUUGAAAUUACAAGUAUAGAUUGUAAUCAUGAUUAUUCUUAAAUUGCCAUAGGUUAAAUAGAUGGUAUCAUUAGAAUUAGAAAAGAAAAAAUUAACUUUAAAUUAGAAAGCCAUUUCGAUUGCAUCAAAGCACUCAAAUUUAUUAAUGAAUCUUAUUUAGUUUCAGGAGGAUGGGAUAAAUAAAUUAAAAUAUGGAUGGAAUUAAAAAAUGGAGAUUAUAAUUGUAUUUAAACUAUUUAUGAUCAUAACUCUUAUAUUAAUUUUAUUUAAUAUGUAGGAGGAUAUCUUAUAUCUACUGAUGAUGAUAAGAUUAUAAAAAUAUGGUAAUUUGAUAAAACAUGGAAAGAAUUAACUUAAAUAGGCCGAUAUCCUUUAGUGACAUCUAUUCAUAUUUACUAAAGGAUUUGUUUCUUGGGAUUCAAUGAUUCAUCAAUUUAGAUACUUUAGUUUAAUUGA